AUGCAGCAGCCCAAGCCCGCCGAUCCGCCGCCCCGCCCCUUCCCGCCGCCCUCCCCGUCCAUGGCCGCCAACGCCAACGCCAUGCGCGGCGCGCACCACCGCCGCGCCAGAUCUGAGGUCGCCUUCCGCCUCCCGGACGACCUCGACCUCGCCAGCGCCGACGCCUCCGCGGCCUUCGACGAGAUCGGCUCCGAGGACGACCUCUUCUCCACAUUCAUGGACAUCGAGAAGAUCUCCUCCGGCCCCGCCGCCGACCGCGACCGCGACGCCGAGACCUCCUCCCCGCCGCGGCCCAAGCACCGCUACAGCAGCUCCGUCGACGGCUCCGGCCUCUUCUCCGCCGCCGCCAGCGCCGCAAGGAAGGACGCCGCCGCCGCACAGGCGCUCGCCGACGUCCUCGAGGCCAAGAAGGCCAUGUCCCCCGAGCAGCUCGCAGAGCUUGCAGCCAUUGACCCCAAGCGAGCCAAAAGAAUUCUAGCAAAUAGACAAUCUGCGGCUCGAUCAAAAGAAAGAAAGGCUCGUUAUAUGACAGAACUUGAGAGGAAGGUUCAAACUCUUCAGACUGAAGCGACUACUCUCUCAGCUCAGCUCACACUAUUUCAGAGAGAUACAACUGGGCUUUCUUCAGAAAAUGCAGAGCUCAAGAUAAGGUUGCAGGCCAUGGAGCAACAAGCUCAAUUGCGUGAUGCUCUGAAUGACGCCCUGAAGCAGGAAGUGGAGAGGCUUAAGAUGGCCACCGGUGAGAUGUCAAAUUCCAGUGACGCAUAUAGCAUGGGAUUGCAACAUGUCCUAUACAACUCUUCCUUCUUCCCGCAAUCCCAGCAAAACACAGCCCAGCACCAGGGUGGUGCCCGGUUUCCACCCCCAUUCCACCCACCUCAUCCGAAUGUACCAAACCAUCAGAUGCUCUCCCACCCAAACACACUCUCAGAUAUCAUGCAGCAGGACCAUCUUGCGCGGCUCCAGGGUUUGGACAUCAGCAAAGGGCAUCCAGUUGUGAAGUCAGAGAGCAGCUCGAUCUCUGCCAGCGAAAGCAGCAGCACCUUCUAACCUGGCCUAUCCUGAUCGAGUACUCAGUUUCAUUAGAUUCCUUUGUUCAUAGCCUGACAUCCUUGUGCUGUUUCUGGUUCUGUAAGCUCAAUUUUUCAUUCAUUUGUUUGAUUUAGUUGAAAUUCAUUGUAAUCUCAGUUGCUGAUUUUGUAGACACAAACCCUGUGUUCCUCCCACCUGUUUGUAUCUGGUUCAUUUCCUGCGUGGACGUAGUUUGGGAUUAUAUUGGGAAAAUGGGAGUGGCUUUCUCCCAAAUACUUGUGUUCUUUUCAGUUGUUGAGACUGACUUUUACCUCAUCAGAACAGAGUGAUUGUGUGAUGUUUAUUGUAGUGUGGAGCUAGUUUUUCUUGUGAUAUAUUGUGUGUAUUUAGCAUUUGUGCGUGCACAUGACUAGUAUU